AUGUUGAAGUCCGUGCACAGCCUCAGCACUUCUCUGGGUUUGCACCCGGUGACCUGGCUGGACUGGGUCUAUGGAAAUACAACUGUCUUCCGUUUUCCCAGCACGGAAGGACAUGUCGCCCUCACCAUAGAUGAUGGGCUGUGCCGCAGUGGGUCAGACAGCUCAAUGAUCACGGAAGUGCGGCAGCUAUUGAAGGAGCACAGCGCCAAAGCGACCUUCUUCCUUUGCUCUGACUAUGUGGAUGGCUUCGAAGAAGAUGCCAAGGGCCUGCUUGCUGACGGCCACGAAUUCGCCAACCACUGUCCUUCAGAUGGAGUGGACUAUUACAACAUGCAACCGGAUGAGUUUGAAGCGGAACUUUUGAAAACUUCGCGAAAGAUACAGGAGGUCAGCGGGGAAGUUCCCCGCUGGUUUCGCGCACCCCAGGGAAAGUAUUCCGGCACCAUGCACGGCGCCGUGUCAAAACAUGGAAUGCACCAUGCCCUGGGCGAUUGCUACUGCGAUGACUGGGCUGUGGAGGAUUCUGAGUGGGUUGCCCGCACGAUGCUGGCACAGGUGCGCAGCGGUUCGGUCCUCAUUGCGCACAUGCCAGAGCGAGGCUUUCGCGAACACAUCUUCCGGGCACUCGAGCUGAUACUCCAAGGCCUACGGCAGCGUGACCUCUCUGUGGUCACCCUCAGUGCAUUGGAGGCAGGAGCGGCCCAGGCAGUGCCUGUGCCGCGGGCGCUAGCGAAGCACCCGAAUCAGCGAGGCAAGCUUGAGAAUCAAGCUUGGGAGACUGGUAUUUCCGGGUACGCGGUCAUCAGCCACCACAACUUUGGCAUGGUGGAUGGAGUUGUUUUCAGCGACAAGGAGCAGGCCCUGGCUCAUUGGAAUCGCUUGUCAAUAUUCUCUGCUCACAUGCUCCUGGGUCCUGAUGGCACUGAGCUCAGGUACUAUGGCAAGCGUAGUGGCAGAGACCACGAGAUGAAGCAGUGGUGGGAGAACCAUGCUGGACGGACGCAUUCCCAGAUAAUCCAAGUCAUCUUGGCCGGUAUGGCGGGCCCGUACGCGGGAAGGAGCAUGGUCGUGCACAGCUGGGAGCACUGCUCCUUCAAGAGCCUCUUUUUGGUGAUCUGCGCGGCUGAGGAGUCUGGCCCAUAUCUUUUCGAUGAAGAGGCGGUGCGAGGCAAGCAGCACUGUGCUCUCGCGCCUCCCGCAGGUCGCUUCGGAGGAGUGCUUUGGUACCACUCGCUCUACUGGACGAAUUUCCCUCCCCUCGGCUUCUUGGAAGAAGACUCCGCGGACAGCGAUGUUGAAUUUCGCGAGAGUCUCCUUGCUGUCAAUCCGGAUGGCCCGUUGGCUGAUCAGUUCGUCAGCUAUGGUGCUGCACGUGAGCAUCUGUGCCAACAUGGGCGCAUGCCGCAGGAGCCAUUGACUCUGUGGGUGGAGGUUAUGCAGUAUGAUGGCGUGCACGACAGAGGCUGGCACUUCCCUCUUCAGGACUUCAUUCCAAAGCGAGGGAACCACACCCCUUACGACAUCCAGUCCAGACGCGGCUACGAGAACGGUGCCAUGACACUAGGCCUCAAUGCUGAGGAUUUCUCUGAUUCCGUGCUGCCAGUCAGUGACCUCUCUGUAGUGGUCACUGUGAGCGAUGAGCCAGAAGGAACCAAGAGGUUGCGAGCCUCGGAGGGCCACCAGUUUGCUUUGCUCAGCGUAGGAGGCUGGCCAUUCCGGAUCCGACGCAUCGGAACUUUUGAAGGCCUGGGUCAUGUCGGGCGGCUUGAGCUGCAGCUGGGCAGUGGGGAGUUCAGCGAGGAGGUCCUUUGGCAGCUGCUGGAGGGUGGAAAGAGGGCACCCGGAGGAAUCUGCGAAGAGGGCUCUGCAAGAAGUGGAUGCAAGUACUGGUGCCAGCUGUAUGAUCUGGACUGGCUGGGGCCAAAGAGGGAUGAGAACCUUGCCAUCGAUCCCGAGAUCCCUCCGCACAAGGGCUACGUGUGGUUCCGGGUGUUGGAGAGCACUAUGCUUGCUGGGACGUCGAAGCGCGCUGUACACGUGCAGCUCCUGGAGGACGGCAUAGUUCCUGCAUGGCUUGAUCUGCGCUACCUUCAGGUCUGGGCAGGCGACAUGCCGCUCGGGUAUUUGAACCAGGUCUUCGGCGAAUUGCAGGACCCGCCUUGCCGUGCACGAGUGGUUCGGACUGUCAAGGAGGGGACUGACGACAGGGGAGUCCGAAAGGUGCACGUCAGGAACUCUCGGAGCAGCCUGGUCUUCGAGGAUCCCUUGGUGUGUGACAGCAAUGGGUUGGUGGACCUGGGCUGGGCCCUUCAUGGAAUUGGCUACCGGGGAGCUCGAGUCUCUCUGAGCAUGUACCCAGGAGCUUGGGUCUGCGACAAAAAGAGGAUUUGUGCUCUGAUUGGGGAACAUUGGUGA